CAGUCGCCGUCGAUCUUCCGCUGCGAGAGGUUCGGGCUUGGAACCAACUAGUCAUUAAAUUACUAACUCAAUCCGACUUGUCGCCGAUCUCCAGUGCGAAUUAACAAUUAACGAGCAGUUGACGCAAUCAGAGCUCAGAAUGCAGUGGCUUACAUGUAUUUUGGUGGGGCUGUUUGCCUCGUUCUUAUCAGUAUCAAUGUGCGUGGCUGUGCAGCCGCCCGACGAUGGAAAAUUGCGUGUUUGUGUGGUGGAAUCGCGUGGCGUUUAUCGGAAAACCCCCAAGUUCUGUCCGCUGCUGGCGGCGAAGAGCAACAUCGAGUGCGUCAUCGGCGUGGAUCGGUUGGAUUGCGUGAGGCGUAUCCACAAGGGCACCGCGCACUUUGGAGUGCUCACCUCAGAGGAUCUGGUGGCCGCCCGAUGGGCCAGCGUGGAGAUCCUGGUGGCCAGCGAGCUGCGCUCCCAUGAGUCGCACUUUGAGUACGAAAUUGUGGCUGUGGUGGACAACCAAGCCAAUAUCCACACAGUUCAUGACCUGCGCGGGGCAAGGCUGUGCCAUCCUGGCUACGGCUUGGGCAAUCACUGGACGGAGGUCCUGGCAAAUUACUUCGAAGCUGCAAUGGUCUCAAAGACCUGCGAUCCCGAAAUGACCGUCACGGAGGACCGGAUCGCAUCCACAGCCAAGUAUUUCGGGCCCAGUUGCAAGGCUGGUCCUUGGGUGCCCGAUCCCAAGCAGGAUCGCAUCCUGAAGAGCCGAUAUCCCUCGCUGUGCCAAAUGUGCUAUGAGCCGGACAGCUGUGACCAGACCGACAAGCACUGGGGACGUCGUGGAGCGCUCUAUUGUCUGACCAGUGGUGGCGGCAAUGUGGCCUGGGCUCGUCUGGAUGACGUGCGAAGUCAUUUUGGGUUCUCUGGCAUUGCGCCCCAGUCGGAUCCCUCGGACUACAGCUACCUCUGCCCAGAUGGUCAUCUGCAGCCGUUGAACGCCAGUCAACCCUGUGUUUGGGUGGCCAAGCCGUGGCCCGUGGUGGCUGCCCGUCGGACACAUGCCGCCCAAGUGCAGCGCCUGGUCACUGGUCUUACUCAUGACGAGCCAGAUAGUUGGCAGAAUGCCCUACUCAGUCUGCUGGAGACGUACCACGUUUUCACUGUCCCGCUGGAUAAUGUGAUAGCCAUUGAUGACUACCUGGAACAGGCCACCGCAUUCCAGUCGGCCUACAGCUUCCCGGAAUGCAAUCCGCCGCGUUCCAUUGUCUUCUGCACGACUUCCAUCAUCCAGCACAUCAAGUGCUCCUGGCUGCAGGAGGCAUCUCAGGUUUAUGGUGUGCAACCGAAUAUUCAGUGCGUCCGCACCAUGGAUGUGCAACAGUGCCUGGAUAAUACCAAGUUCAAGGAGACAGAUGUGGUGUUGGUGGAUCAGGAAAUGCGGGUGAAAGCUCAGCGGGAUUACAAUCUAGUGCCACUACUUUACGAGUUCGCAGCAGAUAUGCAUGAUCGGUACGUGACCAUUGCGCUCGUGCACAAGGAUGCCAGGUUCGAGAGCUUUAGGGAUCUGAAAGGAGCCAGAGCCUGUUUGCCAUCCUAUGAGGGAGCUGCCCAUUUGUCCGUUCAGGAGACUAUUGUGAAUGCCACUGGCAAGGUGCAGUCGCUGCACUCCUUCUUCCACCGCGACUCCUGUUUGUGGAAUCCACAGAGCGGACGCAAGUGUCCUCUUCACUACCAGGGCGACGAGGGUGCCCUGCGUUGCCUUUCCGAGGGCGCCGACGUGGCCUUCCUCAGCUCGGAUAUGUACAAGAAGUACGUGGCUGGCAAUCUCACCUCCAAUUGGUUGACUCCAGGAAACCACAAGGAUUUCCGGGUGCUGUGCCCCUACGGUGGCAUCGAAAAGCGCUCCAAUUUCGUGUACUGCUACCUCCAUUGGACCACCCGUGGCCACCUGAUGACGCACAACUCCUCGCUGACGCGGCGCAAUGAGAUCUAUAACUCGUUGCGCGAUAUGGAUCAGUUGUUUGGUAGAAAGUACAAGAGUGAGACGCGUUCAUUUACCCUCUACGGCAUCUUUGAUAAGAGGAACAAUGUGCUGUUCCGAGACGACACCGAUGGACUUCUGGGUCUCCAGGAGCUGCACCGCGAUAAUGCCAAGCGGGUGAUGGAGCACAUCUACGACCGGUAUGCCAACACGCAGUACUACAGGAAUUUUGAUGACAGUGGAGCCAUGAAAUCCAGCCACAGCUUAUGGGUAUUGCUUGUCUGCUUAUUAUGUGCAGGGGGUCAGCAAUUUGCCUAGUACCGAGCUCAACACUAAUCUUAUUUAUUGUGAUAUUACGCUAAACUUAAGUUAAGAAUAACAAUGGCUUCAAACCGAGCUUUAUCACCCAAA